AUGUUGAGAGAAAUUAGACAAAAUGAGAAAAUUAGUUAUCAUAUUGAAGGGCCCUUCUUCAUCAUCCGUUUGGUGAAGCCCGAUAAUUUGAAUGCUUUAGAAGGCGAAGAUUAUAUAUAUCUAGGGGAGUUAUUGGAGCUAGCAGACAAGAAUAGUGAUGUGUAUUUUACAAUUCUGCAAAGCACCGGUAGGUUUUUUUCCAGUGGCGCUGAUUUCAAAGGUAUUGCAAGGGCUCAGAUGGAUGAUGGCGUUAAAUAUGCGUCAGAAACGAGCAAAUGGCUGUCCAAUUUUGUUGCUAGAAAUGUAUAUGUCACCGAUGCCUUCAUUAAGCAUUCCAAAGUCUUGGUUUGUUGUCUCAACGGGCCUGCAAUAGGGCUGAGUGCAGCAUUGGUAGCAUUAUGUGACAUUGUGUAUAGUAUAAAUGACAAGGUAUAUUUGCUGUACCCCUUUGCCAAUUUAGGACUGAUCACUGAAGGUGGCACGUCGGUUUCGUUACCAUUGAAAUUUGGUCCAAACGCAACGUACGAACGUCUCGUAUUCAACAAGCCAUUCAAAUACGAUAUAAUGUGCCAGAAUGGAUUUAUAAGCAAGAAUUUCAGGAUGCCAUCUUCAGACGCUGAAGCGUUCAAUGAAGAAGUUUUGAAAGAGCUGAGGGAGAAAGUAGAGGGAUUGUACCUGCCCAGUUGUUUGGGGAUGAAAAAAUUACUAAAAGCAAACCACAUUGAUUCAUUCAAUAAGAUCAACUCCCUGGAAGUUAAUGGUUCUCUCCAGUAUUGGGUGGACGGAGAACCCUUGAGGAGGUUUGGUCAACUGAGCUCGAAAGAAAGGAAACAUCGGUUGUAA